AUGACUCUUACCCCCUAUGACGGGCUUGGUGACCCAAAGAAGUUCCUCAAAAAAUUCCGAUCAAUAAUGAUCGUUAAUGGUGCAUCCGAUCUUGUUUUAUGUCGUUGCUUUCAAUCUUAUUUGGACGGCCCUGCACUUGACUGGUUUUGUGCUUUGCCUGCAGGUUCAAUCUCCAGGUUCCAGGAGCUGGCCACGCUAUUUGAAGAUCAAUUUCCUAGAUCUGCUAUUUAUCUGCAUGACUCAGAUUAUCUGAAUACAAUAAAGCAAGGCCAGAAUGAGAGCUUGAAAGAUUAUAUGACUCGCUUCACAAAGGUCGCCAUGAGUAUACCAGACCUCCACUCCGAGGUCCAUUUGCAUGCCAUCAAGAGUGGACUUCGGCCAGGAAAGUUCCAAGAGACCAUCCUUGUAGCCAAGCCAAAGACCCUUGCCGAGUUUCGCGAAAAAGCAAAAGGACAAAUCGACAUCGAAGAACUCAGACAAGCUCGGAAAGCCGACAAAACACAAUACAGAGACGAAGAUAAGGUACAAAAUAAUAAGAAAAAUUUUAAACUAACUCCUCGGUUUGAAUCCUAUACACAGUUCAACACAAAGCGGGACGACAUCAUCAAAGAGAUCCUGAACUCAAAAUUGAUCGAACCCCCGAAGAAGGCCGGCACCUAUCAAGACACAAAGAACGUGAAUAAAUCCAAAUACUGUACUUUCCACCAGAAGCACGGCCAAACUACUGACGAAUGUGUGGUCGCAAAAGACCUUUUGGAGCGGCUAGCUCAGCAAGAUCACAUUGACAAAUACAUCAGUGGCCAAAUGCAAAGGCAUACACCAUCCUUUAUUGGAAACACCUCGUCAGAAUAA